AUGCACAUUCCUGUCGACCAGUCAGAGACCAACGAACGGCUCACCCUCGCUCAGAAGCUCGACAUCAUCCACUCCUACGAGGCCACUGACCCCUCCCUCCAUCGCACCCCCAAGCAGCUCUCCGUCAUCUACGGAAAAAGCCGCACCGCCAUCGACAAGAUCCUCCGCCCUGACAACGUCGCCCGGCUCAAGGGGCUUGCGAGCGCGGGCAUGGACACCAAGCGCAAGCGAUGCUCCGUCAAAAAUCACCAAGAACUAGAGCGGCUUGUGCACAACUAUGCCUUGUCUGGUGAGGGAAUGGUGCGUGGGCGAGCUGAGGUGUGCGGCUUCGCCGAGGAGGCAGCGAGGCAGCUGCAGGUGAAGGGCUUCCGGGCAUGCAUGAGCUGGUACCAGCACUUCAUGGAGCGACACGGCCUGGCAGACAGGGAGGAUCGCAAGCACGCAGCAUCCCCGAGAGCCGAGCCUUGCAAGGCCACAGAGGGAGACGGCGGGGACUGGUCGCCGGCGGUCGGGUCUGAGAGGCACGGGGCAGAGGCGGGGGGAUGGACGGAGGCGGAGCAGGGGGAGCAAGGGGAGGUGGACACAGGGAGGCACAGUCCUGUGGGGGCGGGGGAGUUCGAGAGCGUGAGCAUGCGGUUCUUCGAGCUGCAGGUGGAGUACUGGCAGGCAGGGCGGAUGGUGGGGGAGAAGAAGGUAGAGCUGCCGCUGUACGUGGACAAGAAAGGAACCCCCCCGCACGGUCUGGAGACGCUGACCAAGAUGCUGGGGGAUCACUGCGGGGAGGGAGGGUACGAGCGAGGGCAGGGCGGGGGGCGGGGGAUAGCGCUGUAUGAGGUGUCGAUGAGGGGGACGGGCAUCGCAGACGACCUGGAGCCCGUCCGACUGGCAGAGACGUAUCAUGACAAGACACUAGAUGACGUCAGCUUCAGACCGGAGUUUAUGACCUUCAAUCACCGAGGGCGGGUACUCGGCCUCCUCAGCCAGGCGGCGCCGCCAGGACAAGCAGGCUCCAAGAAGACAAACUGA